CCCCGGGUCAGAGGAAUGAGAAAUGCGUGGUGCUCAUAACUAGAGGUGUUGUUUUGUUUUUUAACGAGUUUUACUUAUAUAAUAGCGAUUUCAAAAUAAAAUAAAAAGCUUCCGUUAAAAAUCAUAUGGACAAGACAAGACCGUUAGAACAUAAUUAUUUUAUUUUUUUUACCGAUUUUGCCUCGUCACUUGAAAUACCGUUUUAGUACUUCCGACUGUUGCUGAACGGGUUGCUAACCAGUUAGCCAUGCUAACUAUCUAGCCUGUAUUCACAUGAAAAUAGUCAAAUAACAGGACAGGAAUAACGCAACGACUAAACUAAUAGACGCAGAUUCAUUCCGUGUCAUUUAAAUCGUAAAAAUAGUAUACAUUUACUACUUGAAUCGUCGACUUUUCUUGUUUGGAAAACAACCCGUUUUAAGUGAGCUAAGUUGUUAGCCACAUCACAACAUAACUACGGUGAGGACGGUCACCGGGAGCCUCCCGGUCCCCGCGUCUACAGACGGACAAUUAUGGAAGUGAAAUAACUAUAAUAUAACCAACUCCUACAUUUUAUAUUGUUCAUUACAUAUAAAAUAAAACAUGUCAGCCAGUGGUUUCUCCGACCUGCGGGAAAAGCUGAAGUCCAUGACUCCUCACCGGGACAAUUACAAAAACAGAGUUACCGAUAAGGACAACAGUUACAAAAAUAGGAAAGUUAAAGUUACCGACGGAGGUAGUAGUAACGGGAACGGCCGGAAGCGGAAGCACCGAGAUUCCUCCGAGGAUGAGGUCGAGCCUGUGGAAUCCCGUGAGCAGGAGGCGAGGCGUGUCCAGAGUGGCAUUGUUCAGGUAGAGGUCUUCUCUAAAGAGGACUGUGAUGUCAUUGAGGGCAAGAUAAAUGAGGUGGUUGCUAACGGAGAUGCGGGGCUUUACCGGGAACACACCGUAGAUCGGGCACCACUACGGAACAAAUAUUUCUUUGGAGAGGGCUAUACAUACGGGGCCCAGCUAGAGAAGAGAGGACCUGGUCAGGAGAGAUUGUACCCUAAAGGAGAGGUGGACGACAUCCCGACCUGGGUUCACGACCUCGUCAUCACUAAACUGGUCGCCAGCGGGGUCGUACCUGAAGGUUUUGUGAACUCAGCGGUGAUCAACGACUACCAACCAGGCGGCUGCAUCGUGUCACAUGUCGACCCGCUCCACAUCUUCGCCCGGCCAAUCGUAUCCGUGUCCUUCUUCUCAGACUCGGCCCUCUGCUUCGGCUGCCGCUUCCAGUUUAAACCAAUCAGAGUGUCUGAGCCCGUCCUGGAGCUUCCUGUCAGGAGAGGAAGUGUUACUGUCCUCAGUGGCUACGCGGCUGAUGACAUCACCCACUGUAUCCGCCCCCAGGACAUCAAGGAGAGACGAGCCGUCAUCAUCCUCAGGAAGACGAGACCAGAUGCUCCCCGUGUAGACCAGAGCCCCUCCCCUAACCCCUCCCCCCCUGAGAGACACGCCCCUCUGAAGGCCAAACGCUCUCACCGCAGAGCUGACCCAGACGCUGCACACAGACCGAGGGUUCUGGAGAUGGAUAAGGAGGAGAAUCGUCACUCCUCCUCUUCGUCCCGCCUUCAUCGCCGUAGCAACAGCUCCGAGAACUACUGGAGGCGGAGCCAAGACGGCGAUGUGUCACGCAAGGUCAAGAUGCGGCGUCACUGAACACCGGACUGGAUGGGCUCAGAGAGAGAGAGAGAGAGAGAGUGUGUGUGUGUGUGAGUGAGGGCGUUGGAUCGUCAGUCUGUUAAACCCCCCCUGCAUGCUCGGAUGAAUGGAACACGCCACGAGGCUGUCAGCCAAUCAGAGACUGGCCUGAGAACAGGAGGCGGGGUUACAGUAAGACUGUGGGAAGUUCUGUUGUUGCUACGCUGCCAACCCCCCCUGUUGCUACGCUGCCCCCCCCCCUCCCCUCCCCAUGUCCUAGUAAACAGUGUUUCUGUAGGAACUAACUCCUCCGUGGUUCAUUGGACAGAGACCCUAUGGGGGAGAUGAAAGGCGUUUGUGUUGGGGAUAUAAAAUAAGGUCUGAUGACGUUUAGUUCUAUGAGAUGAUCGGCAUCUGCUAAUUGUAAUUUUUCAGCGUUUAUCCCCAAACCCCCUCCGUUCAUUUCCCCAGUAGGAAUGGCUGAACGAACCAGUAGGAAUGGCUGAACGAACCAGUAGGAAUGGCUGAACGAACCAGUAGGAAUGGCUGAACGAACCAGUAGGAAUGGCUGAACGAACCAGUAGGAAUGGCUGAACGAACCAGUAGGAAUGGCUGAACGAACCAGUAGGAAUGGCUGAACGAACCAGAGGAAAGUCAUUUCCAGGUUUUUAGGUCUACAAGCUGGCCAGAUCUUUCCCCAUAGGGUUUGUCCGUUAGUAUCUGUUCCUGGGUCAGUGAUCUACCCUGUCACCCUGAACCAUUAUAGGGAGGUAGUAUCUGUUCCUGGGUCAGUGAUCUACCCUGUCACCCUGAACCAUUAUAGGGAGGUAGUAUCUGUUCCUGGGUCAGUGAGCUACCCUGUCAAUUUGAACCAUUAUAGGGAGGUAGUAUCUGUUCCUGGAUCAGUGAUCUACCCUGUCACCCUGAACCAUUAUAGGGAGGUAGUAUCUGGGGGGACGAUGACACCUACAGUAGUAACGCCUUGGACCAGAGCUACGUCUUCCUCUAGUUUCUCUAAGCCCCUCCCCUCCGUCUGCCUGGGGGGGGGGGGGGGGGGGGGACACCUACAGUAGUAACGCCUUGGACCAGAGCUACAUCUAGUUUCUCUAAGCCCCCCUCUCCGUCUGCCUGGGGGGGGGGACACCUACAGUAGUAACGCCUUGGACCAGAGCUACAUCUAGUUUCUCUAAACCCCUCCCCCCCGUCCUGCAUGUUACGUUGUUUACUACAGGACCUGUUGUUACAGUCACCUCUUUUACUUCAUCUUUACCUUGACUUUCCCCAUUGGUUGAUUGUUAGUUAUUUUAUUGUUAGUUUGGCUGACGGGGUAGGGGGCGGGGGGCUCGUUCUCUUGUGGACAGAUGCACCUAACAUAAAUGGCAUCAGUAGCUGUCUGUCCACAGACUGUUGGAUUCGCGAGCAGCUUUUAUUUCCGCUGUGCUGAUCAAUUAGACAAAUCACCAAUUCUCAGGUGCUGAUUUGGCCCGUAGACUUAAUGAAAUGUUUCAGAGGGGUGGAGAGGAGUCACGGCAGUACGUUUUUCAAACCCCCCUCCUCCCUCCAGAACUUUAAUUUGAGCAUCUGACAUCAUUAAACACACAGGAUUUAACUAAAGGGUGUAACCGUGGUUACAGCUGAACACCUGACCAGGGGCCACGUUCAGUCGCCGAACGUUGUGAAACGUUUUGAAACGUGAGCGGCUAGAAAUGUCACGGAUAGAGCCGACCACGGUUCCUUAUUCUACGUCUGUCAGAGAGGCGUGUUUCUUCUACAUAGCAUAUUUCUACCUGAACGUUUUUCCACACGUUAUGUCCCGCUGUAAGCGUGGUAACCAUGUCAACCCCCUUCACCGGUCCGACCGGCCAAUCAAACUUUCUGUUGCAUAUUCUAGAAAACAUAUAUCUAUGCUAUAUCCCUUUUUAUUGUUCAGCUCAAACGGCAUCCUGUUCCCUAGGUAACACUACUACUGGCCAGAGGGUCAGCCACCAUCCUGUUCCCUAGGUAACACUACUACUGGCCAGAGGGUCAGCCACCAUCCUGUUCCCUAGGUAACACUACUACUGGCCAGAGGGUCAGCCACCAUCCUGUUCCCUAGGUAACACUACUACUGGCCAGAGGGUCAGCCACCAUCCUGUUCCCUAGGUAACACUACUACUGGCCAGAGGGUCAGCCACCAUCCUGUUCCCUAGGUAACACUACUACUGGCCAGAGGGUCAGCCACCAUCCUGUUCCCUAGGUAACACUACUACUGGCCAGAGGGUCAGCCACCAUCCUGUUCCCUAGGUAACACUACUACUGGCCAGAGGGUCAGCCACCAUCCUGUUCCCUAGGUAACACUACUACUGGCCAGAGGGUCAGCCACCAUCCUGUUCCCUAGGUAACACUACUACUGGCCAGAGGGUCAGCCACCAUCCUGUUCCCUAGGUAACACUACUACUGGCCAGAGGGUCAGCCACCAUCCUGUUCCCUAGGUAACACUACUACUGGCCAGAGGGUCAGCCACCAUCCUGUUCCCUAGGUAACACUACUACUGGCCAGAGGGUCAGCCACCAUCCUGUUCCCUAGGUAACACUACUACUGGCCAGAGGGUCAGCCACCAUCCUGUUCCCUAGGUAACACUACUACUGGCCAGAGGGUCAGCCACCAUCCUGUUCCCUAGGUAACACUACUACUGGCCAGAGGGUCAGCCACCAUCCUGUUCCCUAGGUAACACUACUACUGGCCAGAGGGUCAGCCACCAUCCUGUUCCCUAGGUAACACUACUACUGGCCAGAGGGUCAGCCACCAUCCUGUUCCCUAGGUAACACUACUACUGGCCAGAGGGUCAGCCACCAUCCUGUUCCCUAGGUAACACUACUACUGGCCAGAGGGUCAGCCACCAUCCUGUUCCCUAGGUAACACUACUACUGGCCAGAGGGUCAGCCACCAUCCUGUUCCCUAGGUAACACUACUACUGGCCAGAGGGUCAGCCACCAUCCUGUUCCCUAGGUAACACUACUACUGGCCAGAGGGUCAGCCACCUCAUCAGAACCUAAUAUUUAACAAAUUACACAACAAACACCUAAAACAUAGUGGGUAAAGUAGUGCACUAUAAUAGGGAACAGGGAGCCGUUCGGGAGUGGGCCUCUUAGUGUCUGUUGAGAUGCCAUGAUGAUGAUGAUGAUGAUGAUGAUGAUGAUGAUGACAUGUAUGUAACAUGGUUUGUAAUAAGAUGUACAGUUUAAAGACCUUUAUGAACGGAA